AUGAAUAAACGGUUAAAAAGUAAGUCAAAACUUGACUUGAAAAAAAUAGAUGCUGAAAUACGACGCAUCCUGCUUCUUGCUCAGUAUCGUUCGAUUGACCUAGUGUCUGUGUUUGGUCAUGAAUUUUGUUCAGCACCAAUUAGUUUAUGUUCAUUGGAAGAUUCCAGUUUAUUGAACCAGCAAUCAAAAUCAAAAGACACUUUUGAUUUUUUGAAAGAGAAAUUUCCUGUAGCAAUAUUAACACAUAUGCCACCAAGAAAUCAACAACAAGCACUUGUAAUUGAUGGUUCUUCAUUACUUCAUUUUUAUCCUCGUGCAGAAAGUAAUGUGUUUCAAUAUUCUAUUUAUUUAUUGACAGAGCACAUAAUACCUUUAUUCAACGACUACUCCCGUAUUGAUAUUAUCUUUGGCUCGUCUAAAAGUCAAGAUGUGAAGACAUUUAUAAAGCGGCAUGAUGCUAAAAGUUCAACACAAACGAAGUAUGAUAAAAUUCUUCGAAAUUAUCUACUUCCAACAGGCAAAGCAUAUCAAAAUUUUGUUGUGUCAAAUCGAUCACGUCUAGCAGCUGCAAUUGUUGAAUGUUGGAAAGAAAAAGAUGCUAUCCAGAAAUUGCCACCAAAAGCAAUACUAGUAAUGGCUGGUCCAAAUGAAACAGCAAUGAAAUUAGAGAAAGACGAACAACCAAUCGAUAUGCUCGAACUUGAAAGUAAUCAUGUUGAAACCGAUUCUCGAUUAAUUUUACAUGUCGAUCAACUCAUUCAAAAUGGUUUUUUCAAUAUUGUGGUCAAAUCUAUUGACAGUGAUGUUAUAAUUUUAUGUAUAUAUUAUGCAUAUCUUCCUGGCUUGGAAAAAUUAGUCGUAGAUGCAACUUUACCAAAAAAAUCAUUAAAAAUCAUUGACUGCACAUAUAUACACAAUGAAUUGAUUGACAAUUUUGGCGUAAAUCCUGUGUUACUUCUAAUUGUUUAUGCUCUUUCUGGAUGUGAUACUUGUUCUUUCACGCGCAACAUCAGCAAACGAACUUUCAUGCAAACACUUUUUGAAGCUCCUCGUGAUUUCACUGAUCUUGAAAAUUUAACUGUGUUACCUAUCAACAGAAGUGAUAUUAGUGCUGUUGAAAAGUUGUAUGUUCGAUGUUUCUCUUCAGGCCGGCGCCGACGUCAAUCAACUUGUAUAGUAUCAAGCUCAGGAACAAUAUCGCAUUUAAAUCAAUUAAAUCAAAAAAAUGUGUCGAUAAAUGAAUUACGUUCUCUUAUGGCUAUGGCCGCAUUUAAAAAGAAUGCAACAUCCAUCGCUACCUCCUUACCACCGACGCACGAUUCUUUGUUUUAUCAUUGUUUGCGAGUAUCGAGACAAGUUGCAAUAUGGUUACAAGCGACUAAUGGUUAUAUUGGUUAUCCAAGUUCAGAAGAGAGCGGUUUUCAAAUUAGUGAUGGUCGUGCACAAAUUCAAUGGAAAUCCAAAUUAGCAUUUCCGAAUGAUCGUCAACUGUCAUCGCGUGGAAAACAUAAAGGAAAAUGCACUAGAUGCGUUUGUAUUUUGAAUCAAUUACCAUGUACCAUAUUUUGUCAAUGUCCAAUGGAUUGUUCAAAUCGAAAAACAAGUGAAACAGCUACGCCGAAUGUACAAACAAUGCCCAAACCAGCAACCAGCGCUGAUCGGCCAAUGCGAGUGUCUACAUUUUCAUCUACAUUAUUCGAUUAUGAAUAUUCCGAUGAAGAAAUCAGCGACGAAUCGUCAACUUCAAUUGAUAAUGUUCCCGUUGCCGACAUGAAUGACGUCGAUGAUUCAGUACCCGAAUUAUAUUUUUAUUAUGCUAUACGGUUGAAUUAA